AUGUUUAAGAAAAAGAAAACGGUGAAACAGGAGCCCAAACCUGACCCGUCUAGACAAGAGCAGCUGCGGGACAACAAAGAUGAAGACUACACCAUUCUUGAGACAGGCGAGAGAGGCCAGCCGAUGUGCUUACGGAAAGGGUUGGGAAAUGACAUUGGUUUCACAAAGAAAUCAGAUGAAGACAUCGAAAAGAAACCCAAACGAAUUCAGAUUUCUGGAGUUCCCAGGGACUGGAUGGCGGAAGAACUGGUUGAUUUCCUCAAACAACAAGGACCAAGGAAGACAUGGGAUGAAAUUAAGGAUCAGCCUCCACAGACGGCCAACACGCGGGGGCGCCCCGCGAAGAGGCAGGCCAAAGAACCCGAUGAGCGACAUCGGUCCAGAUCUGCCGCUGAGAAGCCCGAAAAGGGCGAUGAAAAUAAGGACCCAAUGGAAGUCGAAAAAACGCAGUUGGACUCUCAGACUCAGCCUGAAGCGAUUGACAAGCAGAGUUCAAAGCCAACCUCGCAGUCUCUUGGUAAUUUGACGGAUGCCUUAACCCAAAACUGGACGCUGGCCGAUCAAGGUGGAUGCGGUGACUGUGGGUACCGGGCAUUAAUAGACAACUUUCAUUAUCAAACCACUGGUGAGACUCUUUCCAAAGAAGAAUGCAUCAAAAAUGCCAAUCUAUUUCGUACGGAAGUGGUACGACAUGUUCGCAAACAUCAAGAUAGGUACGAAAACCAUGUCAGAGGUGGGAAAGAGGCCUUUCCUGCCUUUUGUGACAAUGCGUUGAAGCAAACUCACUGGAUAUGUGGACUGCUGCUGCAAGCAGCAGCAGAGGUGAAAUCAUGCUGCAUAGUGGUGUGGAAUCAAAAAGAUGAAGUUCUGGAAAGAUUCACUUUCGCUCCUGAGUGGAGUCCACAGGGGAUGCCCAGAAUGAAAAAAGAAGCACCAAUCCUGGUGGUGUACAGAAACGACAAACAUUAUCAAUCCGUCCGACCACCCCAGGAUCAGGACGGCAUGACUAAGGUGCCCAAACACUGGGCGCGAGAGACAGCCAAACCCGAGGCCGAAGCACUUGGAGGCGCUGGACCAAGCGUUGGAGAAUCGCCUAAAACCCUGCACACGCUCUCCCCUGGCUCUUCCCAUGCUCCUUCGCUCCAUACUCUCCCCGCCUCCUCCUUUCGCGGAUCCUCGGGUGGGGGUGUGAUGAUCACGCGCGCGCCGUCCCUGCACUCCUUGGUUCCUUCCGCGUCUUCUCCUCCGCGUCUGCGCGCGGUUGUGCACGGCCAUGCGGCGGGUGGUGGUUCUUCGGGUGCCCUUGCGCGACCCCAUCCUCCGCGCUCCCCCUCUCUUCUUACCUUGGCUGCCUCCCCUCACUCCUGCGACCGGUCGGGUACUAAGGACAAAGGCGCAGUCAAAAAUGACAACACAGAAUGCGACUUUCGCCCUGACACUGCUCCAUAUCCUCGACACCUCAAGCGGCUGGAUGCUAAAUCACAGUCCCGACCUCGGAACUUCCUGAAAGUGGCAGAGCCUGGAGUUGCCCAGAAUGCGGGAAAGGCGGCGCAAGCUGCAGGGCACUUAGUUACUGAGGUCCUUCCGCCGGAUGCCAUGCGACUGGCAGAUGCUUUCGCAAACUUUUUUUCAAGCCCUAGUUUGUGCAGUCAGGGCUGCUGCCCCUGA